UCCUGCUGCUGUAACAGCAUUAUCAGAUGAAUGGCAACGGUUUCAUUGCCUGCGUGGGACACACUGUGGAGGGGAAGUACUACAGUACCCAGCAGCAGGGUGGAGGAUCAGGGCUGUAACGAGUAACGUCGACUGGAGGACUGGGUCAAUCCUCCGGAGCUGCUCGGGGUCUAAAAUAGAAACGGAGGCAGCGCCGCCCUCUGCAGCCGAAGCAGCUCCACGUCAGGCAGCGGCUCGCUCAGGAAAUUUAAACACAGCCGGCCACGACGCGGACACACACGGGCAUCUCUCUGUUCCAAGGUCACCGAGCCCGGCAGCCUGCACCGGACACACACACGCGCACACAUACCUUCAUCCCGCAAAGUGAGUAGUUUGCGUUGAGCUGGGCCAGUGAUGCCGCCCCCAGGCACAGGUGCCCCCACUGUGCCCCCACCGGACGGCGGUUGGGGGUGGGCUGUGGUGUUGGGAUCUUUCAUCUCCAUAGGCUUCUCGUACGCCUUCCCCAAGGCCAUCACGGUUUUCUUCAAAGACAUCCAGAUCAUCUUCAAUGCCUCCUACAGUCAGAUCGCAUGGAUCUCCUCCAUCAUGCUCGCAGUCAUGUAUGCUGCAGGUCCCAUCAGUAGCAUACUCGUCAACAAGUACGGCUGCAGGCCCAUCGUCAUGAUGGGGGGUUGCCUGUGUUCCACUGGCAUGAUCUUAGCUUCCUUCUGCGUCAGCGUGGUGCAGCUUUAUAUCUGCAUAGGAGUUAUCGGUGGACUUGGACUAGCCUUCAACCUGCAGCCAGCGCUGACUAUGAUAGGCAGAUACUUCUUCAAGAAACGUCCCAUUGCUAAUGGGCUGGCGAUGGCUGGCAGUCCAGUGUUCCUCAGCACCCUGGCUCCUCUCAACCAAUACCUCUUCAACCAGUUUGGCUGGAGAGGCAGUUUCCUCAUCCUUGGAGGUUUGUUGUUGAACUGCUGUGUGGCUGGUUCCCUCAUGAGGCCUCUGGGACCUCCACCCAGCAAGGCCAAGAAGGACGAAGAGUUGGCUGCCAUCGCCACCACAACGAAAGAGAAACGCACUGCCUGGGAAACAGUCAACAAGUACCUAGACUUGACGCUCUUCAAACAUCGUGGCUUCCUCAUCUACCUAUCAGGCAAUGUCAUCAUGUUCCUGGGCUUCUUUGCACCUAUUGUAUUCCUUGCAGCCUAUGCCAAGGACAUGGGUGUGGAUGAGUACUCUGCUGCUUUCCUGCUCUCAAUCCUGGCUUUUGUCGACAUGUUUGCCAGGCCGUCCAUGGGACUACUGGCCAACUCGCGCUGGAUUCGGCCCAAGAUCCAGUACUUCUUCAGCUUUGCUGUGUUGUACAAUGGGGUGUGCCACAUCCUCUGCCCGCUGGUGGAAAGUUACACCGGUUUGGUUGUGUAUGCGAUCUUCUUCGGCUUUGCCUUUGGCAUGGUAAGCUCAGUGUUGUUUGAAACACUGAUGGACCUUGUUGGGCCUCAGAGGUUCUCCAGUGCUGUGGGACUCACCACCAUUGUGGAGUGCUGCCCGGUGCUCUUUGGUCCACCACUAGCAGGGAAACUGGUGGAUGUCACAAAAAACUACAAGUACAUGUAUUUUUGCUGUGGAGCUAUUGUGAUUGUAGCAAGUAUUUGGCUCUUCAUUGGAAACUUCAUUAACUACAGACUCUUGGAGCGUGAGCGCAAACACGCCGAAAUGUACAAACGGACUGAGACAGAAGAUCCAGACCAAGUUCAGGAUCAGAAGGGGUCUGAUGGGGAAGCCCAGGCCUCUGAGGAGCUGGUAAACAGGAAAAAUGAGGAACCUAUGCAGCGGGAAACCAACAUCUAGAUCCCUCUGUUCUGCCAACAGCUCACCUUCACCUCCAGAGCAGACCUUGCAACACUUUCAACCACGAUCAAACUGAGCUCCCAGCCAAGAGGUGCCUCUGGGUGUUCAACCAGGCUCAACUUGGGGUCCUCUGCACAUCUGUAAAACUAACUGCCAAAGUAACACCUGUGUUGUAGGAAGCUGUGAGGAGUAAUAUCUGUUUGUCAAAGAGCAUCCGCUGUGACUAUAACAGAAAUAUUAACCUGAGAGAAAAGUGUAAGAUACUGUAUGCAUGUGAAGAGGCUAAAAGUCAGAAAAUGUUUGUGGAAAACAGUGUCGUACUAACUCCAUUUUCUUUCUUGCCACGUUCACCUCAUAUCGGAUUUACUGUCAAUACAAGACUGCAACUGAGGGACUAAUACCUUCACGGCAGAUACCUAGUUGUAGUUAGAGACAGGAUAUGGGAUUAUCGUUUCUCUAGGAACUCCAAAAUUGUGUCAACUGAGAGCAAACAAAGCAGCAAAUCCACAGAUGUUGGCAAAUAAUUAGGAAAUCGGUCACUCUAAGACAAUCAACUCUGCUUAAGAAAAGUAUUAUCUCUGUUUAGUCGUUUCUGUCCCAACAAGUUAAAAUAUUCCAAGUAGCAACAAGCGUCAUUCUGUCUUUCCUCUGGUGUCUUCCGAUAUGACGUGAAUGCAGCAUCAGCGUGUUGCCAAUGUUCCAACAGCACCAGCAAACUGAGUUCACAGGUUCAAAAUGAGAUCUCUUCACAACACACGGAAGUCUUGGUAAAGAAAAACGGUUCAAUUAAGAAGAGGACACAGUGAAAGAUUUCUUGAUGGUAAGAAAGACCUUUCUGUGACUGAAAGGUCACUGGGUAAGAGCCAGUUUUGUACAGCAUCGAUCCCUAAUGGUGCGUUCACACCACAAGCAACAUGGUUUACGUGUUGCAUUUUUGAUGAGUUGACAGAGUGUGGCAAGUUAGAGGCUCUGAAUGUACCAACUGUACACUCAGAUCAGAGCUAAUGCUAGCUAGUGCUAAUUCAUUAGCAUAGAAAAUGAACAGAUACAGAGUUUCACAGAUUAAGCAUCAAACUUUAAGAUGUCUCAUAGUCAAAGACCACAACUUUAAAGCUUUCAAUGGUUGGAGUCAUCUGCUCCUAUUUUAGUCUAAUGUUCCUGAAUUCACAUCGAUAGGAAACAGUGGAGGAGCUUGUGAUAUGACUCGAUGCUGGCAGCUGUUGAGAAAAUUUAGGUGAGUUUCCCUGGUUGCUCAGCUCUGUAGGAAGCAAAAAACUUCUUAUGACUUGUCGGAUGUGUUGCUUGCGCUGUGAAUACAGCGUUAGCAAUGUCAGUGCACUGGAAAUGGUUGAUCCAUGCGGCGAUACGUGUGGAGCAAGAAUGCAAAAUCCUAAUUGCAGUGUUUCAUAUGGCAGUCAAGUGUGCUAAAAUUCCCACUUCCAUAAAUAAAAAACAGAUGUGUUCACAGCUGGUGACGCUGGUGCCCACGUAUUAUGCUGCCCACCUGAGCACUGUAACAUUGUGUAGUAAAAAGCUGCACCAAUGUACCACUUUAAUACUUUCUAUUAAGUCAUUAAAUGGAAGUUGUCACAUGCUCCAUAUUGCACUCAUAUACAGUAUGCUGCAUUAAAAGAGAAAUGGCCAUACUUCUCCCCAAACAUCUUUGUAAAACUGCUGCAAUUCAAUACAUUUAAUUAUGGUUGAAUGUAAUUUCCUCUGUGGGCCUUAAUAAGGUAUUAAUGACCAAAAGCCAUCUGCAUAAUAGUGGUUUUACUACACAAACAGCCCCAUGAGCAACAUACUCUCUCAUAUUUAAAUGCAGAUAUACAGGGAAAUGUAUUUCUUGUGGUGAGUUUAACAGUCCCUUCUAUUAUACAUUGCCUUAAAUGUGAUGUAAUGUGGCGACAGUUGUACAGUGAAUACUUGAUAGUAUUAUAUGAAGCUGAUACACCUUUGUGUUAAAUGUGACCCACUUCUUUUGCUGUUAACUUAACAAGAAAUCAAUGUAAUCUGCUCCAUUUGUCUCCUAACAUGUACUGAAACAUUAAAAUAAUGAGAUGCUGUUGUUCUAUGUACUCUCUCCAUUAACUAACAUCUGAAGGAAUAGUACUGAUACUAAUGAAUGCUAAUCAAGUCCACUUGUAUUGUCGUAUUGUGUGCAUUUACAUGUAAUGGGUGAACAUAUCAUGUAACAGUUUGUCUAUCGCUAUAAAUGUCAAUAUUGUUCAAUAUUCUGUCCAUUCCACAUGUUAAUUUUUGUAUAUGUCACCCUACUAUAACCUGAAGCUAAGCGCUGACCAAAUGGUGUCCUGUCUCAGAUGUCCUAACAAAGCCUGACACAUUUUAAUAACAAAUGCUGUUUUGUUUUUUGUUUUUCAAACCAAUCAUGAAUGAAAAAAAAAGUUGUCUUUUUUUCAUCCUGCAUUCAAUGGUUGAAUGUGUAUUCAGACUUAUGAAAAUAGAUUUCCAGCUGUGCAGCAGUGGCUCUCAACAAUGUACCAUCUUUACCCAAGACACCAAGUCACAGAGGAAAUGCUCUGAAUGAGAUCAAUCAGAUUUAUCCUCUGAGGGUAUCAAUGGACCACUAUUGAGAGAAACUGCUCUGCUAUUUACUGUUAAUGAGAUCACUUUGAAAGAUUUUCACAGUAUUGUGUUCUUAGUUUUCUGAAACACUUGAUCUGAGCUUGCUUUUGGACCUGGACUAGGUCUCAAAUAUAUUUCCAUACGGAGAUGAGCCAGUCUGUUUUGAAGCAGCCCCAACAACAUAUAAACAUACCCAGGUUGUCAUUACUUUAUUAGGCCUUAUUUGUUGAGGAUACCGCUCAUUAGACAGUGACUUAAUCUGUUCAUGUAGCUACGUAAACUCCCAAGAUGCACUUUGGUCACCAGCAUUUCAUGCUGAUAUUAGUAUUUUCAUGUAUUACCAUGUCUGUACCUUCCUAAUGAAUAGCAUUAAUACCUUAUGAAUGUUGACUUAUCCUGCUUGCACUUAAUUAGUGGAAAGAGGGACUACUUUAAUUCACUAUGCUCACUGUGCAUGAUGACUCUCAAUGAGGGAAACAGACUGCUGUACAAUCACUUUCUACCAAAUAACGCUGCCCCCUGCUGGUGUAAAAGCCACCUAGACCAAAAGGUAAAGCCAAGCUUACCUUUCAACACACUAGUUUUCAUAGAUUAUUUUUUGUCAAGCCCAUAUAAGGUUUCAGUUUCAUGGGUAAUGUAAAUGCAUCUGUGCUUUAUUUUUUAUUUUUUAUUUUAUUUUAUUUUUUUGGUGGGGGUAUUGUCAGUAUGAAUAUACUUUCUUGGUAUUUAUAAUGUUAAAGUACACAAGUAGAACAAAACACAACCCUGUAAUGCUUUGAUGGAACUAAGGGGAAUAUCACUGAAUUUGAACAUUUGUUUUUCAAGCCAUGCAGUUUUGUUUUUCUCUAUAAUCAGUAAUAAGAACAGAGUAAAAAGAGUGGGUUAUUCCUUUUGCAGAUAAGAGUAGAAAUAACAGCAGUGGUCCAGGGAGCAUAUAGUCCGACAUCUGCAACGGUUCAAAGCAGCGGUUCCCAACCUGGGUGUCAGAACCCCAAAACGGGUGGCUGGAUAAACCUAAGGGGUCAUGAGAUAAUUAACACAAUGAGAGAGAAUCACGAACAGGCUGUUUUUUUCUGUAAUUGCUAUUUUCUUUUGAAAUACUGGAUAGUUUAUCUCCUGAGGCCUCUAAAAAAAAUAUUUGCAUUUCAGAAUCUGUAUACCAUAUACAAUUUGUGUGUCAUAAGUAAAUUUGUUUUAUUUUGAAGGGACAUAAAUCAAAAGGUUGGGAACUGCUACUUUAGAGGUCCCUAACAUCCCCCAUGUCAUUUGUUGUUUCUACAUGGGACAUCACAUGACAUACAGUAAAUUUUGUGGUAUUCUCCUUAUUAUACAUUGUACUGUAAAACCAUGAAGUGUUUGUCCAAAUCUAAGCAAUACAUUUGUAUGUAUUUUGGUACAAAAUGUUUAUUGUAAGAAGAAAAGGAAAUAUGUUAUAAUAAUUGAAUCCAAAUAGAGAUAAGAGUGGAUUUAACAUGCACCAAUAGCCUUAUUAAUUCUAUUGCUUAGGAUCGCAUAUAUUUUGUUUCUUCUCUUUUUAUAGAGAUAACUGUAUUUAGAAAGCUUUUGAUUUUGAUGAUGGCUUAAGACCAAAUUUAGCAGAGAGGUUAAAAUUAAUUAAUUUAUUUACUAUUAAUGUUUCUGUGAACACACAUAACUUUUAUUUAAAAAGGAAAUGUAUGUUCACUGGCUGAAAAUUGUUGUAUUAAUUGAUAUAUAGCUUGACUGUUUUUUUUGUUGUUGUUUGUUUAUUUUAUGAUGUGUGGAACCGAUACACAGAACGUUAAAGGAUUUAAAGUUUGUAAGGGCCUGAAAGAGAUUGGAAGAGAUGUUUGUUUUGGAUACAUGCAAAAUAUUAAGUGAAAACGUGGCAUAGUGCCACCAUUUCUGUUUUUCAGGGUUGUCUUGGAAAGCACUUAGCAGCUGACACUCUCAGCGUCUGACUGAGUUUAGCUGAUAGAAAUGACAGAUUGGAGUUUCAAACAUUCAUACAGUUUUAGUCAUGAAGGAGACAUCGUGAUUGGUUGAGUUUAUCAUUGAAGAAAAAAGCUAAGAAAACACAGUUCUUGUAAACUCAAUGGAAAAAAAGUGAUGUGUCUUAGAGACAUUAAUUUAAAUUAUGCUCUGAUUUUCAGCUUGUUUGAAUUAUGUGUUGUUUUUAAAAUCUCUCCCCGCUGAGUCAGUGCGAUAAUUUCUGCCUCUGUAAAGUGUUUGAACUCAAGUUAAGUAGAACGAAAUUCCAGUCUGCAGGAUGAAAUCCUCCAGCAUAUACGAGACUUUCAUUUCUUCUCGUCCAUGUGGGGAGAGGAUCAGUGUUGGUGUUGACUGUAUACAAGGUGUUUUGCUACUGGAAGGCUGUAGGACUGUCAAUAACACCUCUGGCUGUUAAGCUAACUGUGCCUUACUGUGCUACACUGACCAUUAUAAAAAGCUCUUUGAGAACACAGGAAACUUGAUAUUGUGUUGCUCAAACAUAUAAGCUCAUUAGUUUGUCCUUGCUCCUACUCAUCUGUAUGUUUACAAAUCACUGCACUCUCUCAUUUUAUGUAAAUAAUCAACGUGUGUAGCUACCAAUCCAGAAUCCACUUGUGUCUGCGUCUUCACACAUUAACACAUAAGAACAAAUAAGCUGUAAGAAUGUGUAACACCAUAUGUAGUCUAAUUAUUACUAAAUUGUUAUGUCUUUGGUGCAUUUACUGUAUAUUGUGUUCAUCGGACUUUGUACACAUAGUUAAGGAUGCAAAUAUUUCUGUGUGAACACAUUUGAGGACGGUCGUGUUCACAUGUUUGGACCUCCAUACUGUAGUUUGUCUCAGAAGUGAACUCAGUCCAUUAUGUCCUUCCAGUAGCAGACGUACUGUGUGCUUUCUCAUCAGGGCAACUCUA